AUGGCAGCGACGGAAGUGGACGCCGCGGCAAUGGAGACCGUGCGGGUGUUCAAGUACACGGCAAUGCUGGUGCUGUUGGUGAUCACGGUGGCGUCGGCUUUGCUGCCGUUGUGGGUGUCCAGCCGUGGCACCCGAACGGCGCAGAACCUGCUGAGUCGGAAGCUGCCAUUCGCCACUGCCGGCGUGUUCCUCGGCUCCGGGCUGCUUCAUUUACUCCCGGACGCCGUCAAACUGUACGACGAAGUGGUGGCGAGGAUGGACACUCCAUCACACUGGAUGACUGCGUUCCCAAGCGUCUAUUUGCUGUGUGCACUGGGCUGCUUCAUCGUCUGGAGCGUGGACCUACUGAACAUGGGCAACUCGGGCAAACUCAUGGCUGUGGCUAGUGCCGCACGUCCAGACCAUGAGACUAGUAUGUACAGAGUACAGAUUCCGUCCGUGACGUCGUUCGGAUGGAGAAGUCGAUCGAUGUCGGUGGACGGCAAGGAACAGUUCUACUCUUGCUCGUGUGGCAGUGUGCCGUCGCCGUCGAUGUUCCACCGUGCAGCUAAGAUGGAGGAGAACACGUGUCUGCUUACACCGAAUGGAGUCAAGGUUGUGAACGAGGCGCCGACGCGAGUGAUGGAGUACGAAACGGCUGCCACGGGGCUUCUAGAAGAAGCGCAUCAUCACAAUGACGCGGAAGCUACAGUUAGCGAGCACAUUGUGUUCUCUGGCGACAGCUAUUUCCUUCCCUAUUUAUUAGCAGCACUCUUCUCGGUCCAUUCUUUAAUUGCGGGUUUUGCAUUGGGAGUAAACCACUCGAUGGAUCGGACAGCAGUUGCCACCACCGUCGCCAUUUUCAGCCACAAGUUUAUCGAGGCCAUGUCUGUUGGUGCGAAUUUCGCUAAGGCCAAGAGCAGCAUUGCACACCAACGGUCCAUUGCAGUGCUCACGCUGUAUAGUUGCAUGACGCCGCUGGGAAUUUUUCUGGGUAUGGUGUUGUCCGAUUCCUUGCGCGGCAGCAGCGCGUUGACUAUGGAGGCUGUGGCUCUGAGCAUCGCGUCCGGCAGCUUCAUCUACCUGGCGUUCCACGAACUUUCGGAGGAGAACGCAAGCCAAGAGACUAAUGCCUUUGAGAAGCUUGCGCUCUUCUCCGCGGGCAUCUGCAGCAUGGCUGUGCUGGCGGCUUGGGCAUAG